GGUUGAAUAGUUACUUGCCGAGUGACCGCCAGUUGUACUAUUAUAGACUUUAUUCUAGUUUAACAUUCAACUCGAAUUCCUAAAAAACCGCAUAUUUGUGAUGAAAACAAAAGAAUCAUCGUUGAAAAAAGUGAAGAUUCACUUGAGCGCGAUUUCGGUGACGUAACAUCAACAAACAGAAGAAAUAGAUGAAAUAACAAACUGCAGAAAUAGCUUUCCCCACGCUCUCUUCGACCGAAUCUAGUGAUCUAAGUCCAGUUGGGCGACUAAACGAUCGUAGUUGACUUUGUAAGGUAAAGAAACAAGUGAGUGUGUGUGCGAGUGACUUUGAGGCCCACACGUUUUUGUUGCGUUCAGUUGAUUUGCGCGAUUUGGGCAAAUCGGAAUUUUAUUCUAAAAGUGAGAGUGAUGAUAUACAGGAUAUAGUCGGUUUAUUCAUACUGGAUAAUUGUUGCUAUUCAAAGGAUGAUACCCACUUGAUUGAAAUCUCAAGAUGGCUAGAAGAGUAGCCAAAAAUCACUACGUAGCCUCGCCACGACAUAACCACUCACCGACUCCUGUUCACGUUCCCAGAAACGCUCCUUAUUCUGAUGGAGAAGAAAGCCAAAGAGCACCAUCCGAAAGAACCUUAUCCGAAUACACUUCAGUGCCAUAUACGAUAGUAAAUGAACGAAACAGUCGAAAAUACAAUAACCAUCCGAAAAGUAAUGGUUACCAUAAUGGCCAUCAUGCUAGUACACCAUCUAGGGCGCCUUCCGCAUUAAGUCGAGGAAGUGGUUAUGACACAAACGGAUCUGAUAUUUACGUCACAAGUGGUGCUUAUAAGGCACCUUCAGAAAUAAGUCGCACCUCACGGGUCCGAGCUCCAAGUCACAUGUCUUACAGAAGCGGGAUGGCACCUUCUGUAGCUAGUACUGCUAAAUCAAGGAGUUCGCGUAAAGCUGGAAUGAAGAUGGAAGCCAUGGCUGCUCCAAAUCCAUUCUGUCCUAAUAUCAAAGGGAUGUGCUGCCUAAUGUUGCUAUUAAAUCUAGGGAUAAUUCUUGUAACUCUGGGGUUUGUCAUCGUCAUACAAUUUCACGAACCUAUAUAUGUAUGGGUACUAGGAAUCAUCUUCUUAAUAUUUGGUUUUCUCACUCUCAUCGGUAGCAUGAUCUAUUGCGUUAUUGUUUGCAGAGAUUUCAAACGACCAAGAGACGUGAAUCCUGAUGAACUUUAUUGGACACAUCACUGGCAAAAAACAAUCGGAUCACCAGAAAUUCACUAUAAAGCUGAAGAAAAAUAUGCCGACGAUCAUUACAGUGACAGAUACUCUGUUAGUAAACUAUCUGGAAAAUACUCUGAUAAAAACGGAAGGUACUAAAUAUACAGAAAAAACCAAUCGAAACGCAUACGUUUAACCAUUAUUUUGUAAUUGUAUUUCAGUUUUGAUCAAUUAUAUAAUUUUUAUGCAAUCAUAGCUAAUAUUUAAAUUGAUAACAGAAUCUGUUGCCACGUUUAAUAUUAAUAUUUUUAAUCUUUGUUUCUUGUUGACUAAAAUAUUAAUUUAUAUUUAAUACCUAUAUAUUAACGAAAUAUUUUGUAACAAAAUAAUACCUAAAUUAGUUUUUUGCUUAAAAGUAAGUACGCAUUACAUUCAUAUGAAUGGUUCUAAAAUGUAUAUACUAAUGUCAAUUUUUAUUUAUAUAUAGAAAAAAAAGUCAAACAAUUCUAGUAGUGUCUAUGGAGGAUCUUGUUAAUUUCGCCUAAAUUUUCUCGGUCACUUAUGUCACCCAUUUGACUUAUUAUGCACAUGAGCAGUACCAAAAAGGUGUUCGUAAUGCAAAUUGGCAGUUAUUCGGAUAGUAAAAAUCACGAGUUGAAAUGUAGAAAACGUCUUAAAUACACAAUAUUGACAAUAUUUCAUGAGUUACUUACAAUAAUAUUUUCAAUAUUAAUACAAAAUGAACGUUUUAUUAUACCACUCGAGUAAUCGAAAAUAAUCGAUCAUUAUUUUUCACUCUUAACGCGAUGUAAUCUUUAUAAAACUACUUGAGGUUACGUUAAUCGAUUUUUCAAACAUUACGUCUUAAAUCGAUUACUAUUGAAACUCUUGUGAUCUGAUAUAGUCCUUAGAUGAAAUUGAAUGACUCUCCAUUUUGGCUCUUUUCUGUACGGCAGGAUUUAAUAUUCGGAAUUGUUUUCAUUUUCUAAAUAUUUUUAUAAUCAAUAAAUCACGCAAUUUAUAUUUCAAGUGACGAGAAAGUCAAAAGAAAUCAUGCAUGUAAUUAAUGAUAUUUUGAGAACAACUGAUACUUCCAUGACCAGUUCUAUUCAAAAGUUUCUAGUAUUUUCAAUAACUAAACAAAUUGAAAUUUCAAUAUUUCGAUAAAGAUUACGACUCCGUGUGAACCCGCCUUAAGGAUGCGGAAGUUUUAAAAUGGAUUCUUGUAUUGCUACAUUACCUUUAUGCGAAUAUUAUAAAUAUAUCCAGGUGUAAAUGCACAAAUCGUAGUGUUUCGUAUUUUAUGAUUUUUGAAAGAUUGCGAUAGUACCAAGGGAUGAUUCUCUCAAUUAAAGGCAAUUCUUUUGGUGGUUUCUUAAUAUCCCGUAAUAUUGGGAAACCGCAAUUAGUACUAUGUUUUUUCAGAUCCAUCGCAGACAAAUCUUCUUACUUUGCAGUUUUUAUUAUUGUUAGUGUUAGCCCAAAAAUGUAUCUUUUAACCAAUAUUCUGCAUUGUUUGACUUUAAAAAACUUUUAAAACCUAUGUAGGUACACUGCAUGUGAUAUUGUAAAUUAAAAUUUCUAUAAAUUUUUGUAAGAUUUAAAAAAAAUUGUGUUUAUUUUGAAAAUUUGUAAAUAAAAUUAACUAAAUAUAA